AUGGCCGACCGCCUCGCGCGACUCGAGGCUAAAGCCAACGCGAGGAACCGCGUCGCACCCCUAGAGCGAAACGUCUGCAAGAUCUCUGAGGAGCCAGAGGAGUUCGAGCAGAAUCAAGAUAACCACGUACUCCUCCAGAUGGUCGAACAAGCUGAGAACCGAUCAUUCGCUCGACUAAGGCACACCAUCAACUACCUCGACGCCACCGUGCCCAAUGAACAGCCCAGUCAUAAGGCAUACGUUGACCUCACACACGCAAACACCUGCGGCCCUCUCUCACAAGGUCAGCGAGACAUCGAAUACGUACCCACCCAUCGCGUUGUCGACGUCACGGAUCCGAAAUGGUACCCGUCGCUGGCAAAGAUUUUCCGCCAAACAGAAUCUGUCGAGGACUACUGGAAAGGCAUGCAUGCCGGACUGGUGAUGUCAGACUACAAGUUGUUCCUUAUCACCAUCAAGCAUAAUGAGAAACACUGCACCAGCAACUUGUUUGCACACCGACAAGACGUCCCAGACCUGGUGAAAGACCUGCGCAUCGUCACACGCUCAUCGCCAAUCAUCUUCAUGCUCGUUCGAUCACACAACAUCGACGAGCUCAUGGAAGGACUCAUCAAGCGUUUCCAUGACCUCACUCGCAACGACCCAGCCCUUGAGUUCUACAAGUCGAUCGACAACCCAUCACUGUCCAACACUGGCGUGAGGGAAACGUCGCAACUUCCAAAAUUCACCGCACUACCCCAGAUGCACUUCAGCACAUGGGAAGAACUCCAACAUGAAGCUGGUAUCGGCGCACUCAUCGAACAACGCUUCCAGAUGGGGAACCAAGAGUACAACGCGAAGGCCGCCGUGGUCCCAGUGCCAGGAUCUUACCACCGCGACGCAAACCUCUACAUGGCAUACCUCCUGCAAGUGUCAGUGCGACACGACGCAAACAAGCCCCGUCUCAUGCCAGGAGACCACGUCACCGUCGACAUGAACCCCGACGCGGAUACGCAGGCCAUCAACGAAGACGUCUGGCGCGGCAGAGUCACAGAACCGACCAAGGCCACUGCCAUGGGCAUGAUCAACGUCAUCGUCGAACGACCAUCGAAGAAUGGCAUCAUCACAGACAAGAUGGAAUACAGCGAUCUCCCGAUGACGCGCAUGAAACAGAUGAACGCCGAAGACCUCCUGACAUGGACGCAGAGGAACUGCAAGAUGAACAUCGUCAUGUACACCAAGAACGAUGACAAGGAAUGCAAGCGACUGAUGGGGAACCUUGCGAGGAUGACGCUCUCUGAAGACCAACGGGUGAACUACGCAGAAAAGGCCCGCCGCCUCGACGCAGCACGACUGAUGCUGACCUGCACCGACCACGCAAAGGCUAAAGCCACAGCCCUGUACAACGAUAUCGAAGCCCAGCAUCGACAAGUCGCCAUCAACUUCGUCACCGCGAUGCUCCGCCCACACCAGCGAAAGGAAUACACGCGUUGGGUUGAGAAUGGCGUGUACAACCGUACCAUCUGGCUCACUGGACCAUCGGGUUCGGGAAAAACAUAUCUCGCCAUGGCCACUAUGCUACCAUACCUCGGCAAGGUGGAAGACGCCACAAAGCAGUCCGCCGACGCGACGCAGCCUGCCGCUGACAAGAAACAACCCGCCGCUGAUGCAGCGUCGGCUGGGAAGGACAAGACUGAAAAGAAGCAGCAAGACCCGAAAAUUCAAGAGGCUAUUGAUCUCACGGAGCGAGGUCGAAUCACGAUUGCAGCCAUGCAAAACAAAGCUAUCGACUCACAAUAUGUACUCAUGUCAGCUAUGGCAAAAACAUACUGCCAAAAGAUGGGCCAGCCAACCCCUCUGGUAUUGCGUCUACACAGCAAGGAAGCCGAACUCAAAGCGGUCGCAGCGAUGGCUCACCCAAACUACAACCCAGGCGUGGACGUCUCCCGCGCAGCCAUCGACCCGUCAGUCAAAAUCACCGACGACUUGCUGAACAGCUUGCUGUCCGACUACCUCUCAGCCUUCCGCGGAGAACAUGCAGGUAUCGCGGACCGACGUUUCAAGCAUAUCGAAGGGUCAGCCGCUCGGUACAUCCUAGAGCUCGCGCAGUUCCCUACCUUCGACGCCUCACAAGAACUGCUUGACGCCUUCUCAGACCAAGAGCUUGAGGCGUGGGCAAAGGAAUUGAAGCCCCUCCUCGACGCUUACUCAGAACUGAGCAAUAAUAACGGCAAGUCAAAUAAGGAGAUCAAGAACAAGAUCGCCACAGCAGCCAAGACCGGCCUGAAUGUCCUCCUUGAAUGCGCCGACGUGAUCUGCACGACAGUAUCCGUCGCAACGCAGGCGUCGUUCAACAUGACCCGACGCGCACACGUCAUCGCGUUGGAAGAAGCUGGACGUGCCAACGACGCUGAGACUGUUGGCCUUUUCUCUCACUACUGGCACGCAAGCCUACGCCUGAUCAGCGGUGCAGUGAACCAACUCCGUCCUGCCGCCUUCGGAGACGAGAAGCAGAACCCGUUCUCUAAGCUCCUCACCGUCUCCACUAUCGCGCGUAUCCAAGCUACAGGUGGUGCCGUCAGCCAGUUGGAAGCAUCAUCCCGUUUCCAUAAUGAAGCCUUGUUCCGACUUUGCGCACACGUUAACGCUAUGCCAAACAUGACACUGGUACAGAACGCGUUCAACACGGAACUGUCCGAGAAGUACGCCGAGAUCAACAAGAAGAUCUGGGGCAUCAAGACGGACCUGAUCUUCCUUAACACCAAGGGCAUAGCGACGCAGCGAGACGCCAACCGCUCUACGUACUGCAGGGAGACUGCCACGGUCGCCAUCCAAGACGCAAUUAACCGCAUGGCAUACAUGGACGGCAAAGACCAUGUCAUUAUCACACCAUACAAUGCACAGGUGAUGAUGCUGCGACGCCAGCGAGACCACGCGGUGAUGAUGGCCCACACGACCCGCAAGAACGAGCUGGCAAAUGAACUGCUAGACAUCGAGAUUGUCACAAUCGACUCAUUCAUGGGCAAGGACCGCGCAUCCGUGACGGUCGACACCGUCGGAGCCGUCGGACAUCUGUUUGAGUUCGGAAGGACCGUCGUCGCCACCACACGAGCUCGCACCUCAUGCCAGUUGGUGGGACCAACCACGGAGUACACC